CGUUUAUCUCGGUCGGUCAAGAACAAGAUUGGGAUCAUUCAUGCUGAGCAUUAAAUGCAUUGGUUGUUUUCACUUUUCCAAUUUCAUCGGUACUUCGAACGGUAAAUCUCCUCUGCUCGGUGUCGCCGAUCCACGGUCCGUAAGCAUCUGAGGAGGAUGAUACCCAUCGGCUUUGGUUCUCAAAUGAUGCAUGCAGCAAGUAAGUCGUUCGUACACAAGAUAGGACAUCGCAAGGUCAUCUCGGUGUGCUCAAAUCGUUCGCGAAAAUUCGAGUGAUCGUACAAGGCCGUCGUGGUGAAUCGAACUUAUUCAAGCACGCCAUCGCGAUCGUUCGUCGAACUCGUCUAGUAAGGCAAAGCCACAAUCACUUUCUCAUUGCUCCACUCACAAACCACAUGACCCGCUCCCGGUUCUUGCCCCUUUGCUGUGAUAUUUGGUCGUUAAAUUAUUUUGCUUUGCCGAACAUAGGGAAACGAAUCGGAAAAGUUUUUUCCAAACAAAACCCCCAAACCUUGAAAAUGGCGAAGAUGAUGAAGAUGAUGAAGGCCGCAGACGCCGCGCCGGUCAUGAAGAAGAUGUCCAUGAAGAUGUCGAUGAAGAUGAAGAUGAUGUCCAUGAAGAAGAAAUAAGUGGCUACUUUUCGUCACUUGUUCUUGCAGCUUCAACAUGACACUAGUCUAGUUGUUGAAAGGCAUCUAAUCUAGCGCUCCUGACAGUGGUGUAAUCUACGAACGGUUGAGCUGAAGCUAGAAUUUGAAUUGAUUUGAAG